UCACACACAAUUCUUAGGCAAACAAAAAUUUCUGGAGAACAAAGAAUCAGAAGACGAUAUCUCAAGGAAAAAAAUGGAAUUACCAAAAUUUGAUACAGAACCCAGUCUUGCUGUUUUGCCGCGAUUCUUACGAUUAAUUCAAUUCGUGAGUAAGUCCAAUUAAAUUGGUAUUGAAUGUGAGCAAUUGAAUAUAUUUCAGUUGACAACGCUAGUGGUAUUUUCAUUGACUAUCUACUUGACAGCAAUGUCGAGGAGAUAUUUAACAGAUGUAGCAUGUGUUUUGCUAAUCUGCCUUACUUCCUCUCACUUAUUUUUCCAAGGAUUGGAUAUAAUGAAUCAAUUUUUCGGAGAUGGUGUUCCAGAAUCACCGGUAAAGAUUAUUAUAAUAUUAAUAAAUAGUCAAUAUCUAAGUAUACAAUGGUAUAUUUUAUAUUGCUUUGUAGAUGUACAUUUUCAGCUUGACAGGAAUGAUUCUUUUUGCAAUCGCCGGAAUUUCAUUAAUUUACUAUGUAACAGCGUAUAUGUCAUUUUGGGCUAUUUUAAUGACCAUGGCAUUGUGCUUCGUCAUUAGUCUAUUGUAUGCAAUAGAAGUGAUAGCAGUUCUUCUGUAAGUAUUUUUAAGUAGUAAAAUCUCUGAUUAAAUAAUAAUAAUAAUAAUAAUAAUAAUAACAACUCAUUUCCAAGGUACUGGAAAAAAAAAUACUCGUCAUGGAAAAAAUGUCAUCCACUAAUGAUGAAAACAGCAUCAAUGGAGCCAACAACAAGAACAUUAUUUACAAAGGCUUGUGAAUUUCCCUCUUCAGAUGCCAACAUUUGCAAAUGUGAAAUAACAACGAGUGUAAGUGGACAAGGUUUUGUGGAUCCAACUAUUGAUACAGCUAUGGAGCAUGAAUCGAGAAAGAUAAAUUUUGCCCGAAGACGCCAGUAUGUUGAUUCUCCUUGCAGUGUACCAGCACUUUCCAUUCAGGCAGUUGGUCAAGUUCAAACUGACUGUAGAAUAACAAGUCCUGGAGAAGCGCAAACAAUGAAGGCGCAAAUGAAAGAAACAAUUAUCCAAACGACAAGUACAGAUACACGCCAAGAAUCCAACUUGACUCCACAACAGUAUUUGGCAACUGGGCCUUGUCUACCGUCGACAAUAUUAUGCCCACAAUAUCAAAUGCCAUGCUCGGGAGUCUGUCCUGCAUCUGUUGUAAUUGUACGAGGUGCAUUAAGUGGAUCUUGUUGUGGAUCGUGUAAUUGUAGUGAUCAUCCUGAAAAACCUCCUCUACUACAUCACAUUAAUGGAAUGCAAGAUAACAUUUAUGAGCGACCACAGGAUUCUGCAUUACAACGCACUACCACUUCAAUAAUUGUAGACUCAGAUAUCGAUAGGACUUCUGGCGACCAAGUGCCUGAAGAAAAGGGUUCGAGCGCACAACGACGAAUUUAUAAAAACACUCGUCGUAUUUAACUUGGGUUUUCAUUGCUCUAAAAGUAGAUGCGAGGAUCCAUUGAUAAAUUCAUAAAUUUUAUUUCAUCAUUCCAAAUCAUUGAUUCUAUUAAAAUUUUCAAUGUGUUGCAUUAUUAUUCACAGUUAUCUUCAGGCUAAUCUACAAAUUAUAUAUAUUAUAUAGAUUUCAUUAGAUAUUCUAGCACUACAUUUAACAAAUCAACAAAAAUAUUGAAAAAAUGUAAAUGACAAAAAUUAUCAUCUCAUACGUCUCAAGGUCCCAUGUAUGGUUUUGAUAUGGCCGGUGAGCAACUUGAGUAUUCUAAUGCUGCCUUGAAAAAAAAUUUAUCAUCAGUUGAAAAGUUGUCACUGACGCCUUCUGAUGCCAUCAGUCAAGAGGAUAGCAAGAGGAAAUAUAUAUGUUUUGUUGUUGUUGUUGAUUUUUUUUUUUUAUAUAUAUAUCAUGUUAUGUAAUGCCUAAUUCAUAUCCUCCCUAUAUUUAUAGAACCAUACCCAGAAGUACACAGAAUCUUGGCAGAAUAAAUGAAAAAAAUAAUUCAAAAAAAAAUAAUACAGAUAUUGAAAAUUCUGAUGGAAGGAAUAGUCAUGAAAAGGAUCAAGAAGAUUAUUCAUCGUUGGAACUCUCCAAGACCACUACUGCACCAAAAAAUAAUUCAUCGAAAAUGAUGAAGAUCGAAGAUGAAAAUUCAAAAACAUUAAAAGUUGAAAAUGAGUAUGUAUUGAAAACAAUAAAAUCUGAGAGCCACGCUCAGAGGUAUUCAUCACAUAUUGGAGAAGUUAUGUCGAAAUUAUGUGGAAAACAAAUGGACGACAUAGGCAAUGCAUCACCAUCGUCUAUAGUCACUCUCUCAAAUAUGAUGAUAAAAAAAUCGAAAACCGAAAAUAGUUAUGAAAAAUUAAUUACACUAUUAAAAAGCAAAGUUGAUGAAGAAAUUGAUGAAAAAUUAGGCAGUGGAAAAUCAACACUAGAUAAUGAAGGAGAAAUAUCCAGUUGUCGUAAUUCUAAUCUAUUGUCAAGCUAUAGAGUCGUUAAAAUGGCCAAGAGAAUUAAGCCUCUAUAUCGCGAAAGUCUAACCACCACCGGAUCCAAUGAGACCAGCACUGAAAACGAGGAGGAUUUAACGCUUACUACUCCUCUAUUACAAGUACCAGCAGAUAUAAAAUUCAAACAACAUUCACCUUACACUACUCGUAUUAGUGAGCCUAAGAGCAUCACAACAAGCUCGAUAGUUUGUGGAUAUUCAUCUAAUAAACAAGGACAAAUAAUACAACCAAGACAUGCACAUACAGAGGAAACUCAGCAUAACACCGGAAAUGGUCUGCAAUAUGUGUCAGAUCGCAAAGAACCUUCAAUCUCUGAAACAGGACCAACAUCUAUCACUGAUAAUAAAGUAAUGAAUUUGAAAAAUGCCGAAAAUUUAUCACAAGAAGUGCAAUCAUCAAUGAGCUACCGUGGUGAGCAGCAAUUUAAAAAAUUAAAUAAUUCCAAAAGUUUAAUAAGUAAUGAGGCCAGAGCUGGGGAAGUGAGUGCAGAUAGCCAGAUGGAAUUACAAUUCCAAUAUUCAAAUGAAGAAAUACAAACGAACCAAAUUCAUCAAAUUUCUGGCAGAACCAUCCCGAGCGAGCUAUCUAUCGUGAUGGAAAGUCUCAAUGAGACAAAUGAAACGAAUUUUCAUCAACAUCGUUGCCCUCACUAUCAAAUAGAUUUAUCAGCUACAAGUCACGUUGUCAAUUGCGAAAAAGAGACAAUUAAAGCUUGUAGUGAACGUGUAAAAAAUCACAAGCGGUACUGUCGCAAAAAAAAAAAACACGGGCUGGAAAUUUAUGCACGUGAAAUGAAUAUUCAAGUUGCCUGCGGAUGGGGUUGUUCAGGUCCAUGUGUUCAUAGACGAUUAUGUGUGCCAAAGUCAUAUCAGAGGAAAGGUUUACAUGAUUUCAGAAGAUACGAAUAUCUUUGUGGAAAAAAUAAACGAGCAAGCAAACGAAACGACGAAACACUUGAUAUCUGCUAUCUAUCGUAAUACAAGGUUUAUUUUUCGAUUGAACAAUAAUGUAUUAAGAGAUUAUUAUUUUAGAGAGACAGAGAGUGAUUUUAUUAUUAUUACGGAAAUAAAAAAUGUUUUUGUUUUUACUAAUCAGUGCUACAGUUUUUGCGUCUGCAAUAUGAUUCUCAAUGAAAAAUCUCAACAAUGUAAUAGCUAUGAACCUCGAUUGAUCAUUCAAUACUACUAUUUUCUGUUACCUGAUUGCUUUAAAAAUAUGUCUAUAUUCCUUGAAUAGUAAAAAUGUUUUCAAUAAAUCUCAUAGAAUAUCUUUUCAAUUACAAAGCAUUGCCUAUAUAAAAAGAAUCUUCAACAA